AUGACGAACCCACAAACCGCCUACUACCAAAAAUUCAGCAUCGUCAAGCUCCGCCACCAAAUGAAGCAACGCGGCCUGGACAUCUCGAACAUCAACCAUUCCGACGAAGACAAGAAUCGAGCAGUGCAAAGUCUUCUCAACGACGACAGCAGAAUCGUCGCUGCCGAAGUCCAAGCCAUGGCUGAACGCCUCCGAGCGAUUGAAGAAGCAAAGCAGACCGAAACCGCCAGGCAAACCGCAGAGAACGCCGCUCGAAAAGUUCUCGCGGACGCUGUGGCUCACCAGGCCGAGGAGCGAGUCAAGAGGGAAGCAGAGCAAGCAAACCUCCAAGCCCAGAAACAAACAGAAUCCGCCCGCAAGUCCCACCACCUCCAAACCCUGAAAUCCCAACUCAACUUCGACGACGGCCUCCUCCUCCUCCUUCCCCCCAAAGCCCUUCCAACGUAUCGCGCGAUGAAAGCUCGUGUCUUGAAAGCCAAAAGUCCAGAAGUCGCAGAGAUUGAAGAAAUCGAUCGAUUCCUAAACGAUUUCGUGUAUUGGUGGACCUCCCGAGUGGACAAUUAG